CCGCACACCCUCACCAAAAUGGCUGCUUUGGGACACACGUUCCCCUUCUAUGCUGGCCCCAAGCCGACCUUCCCGAUGGACACCACCCUGGCCGCGAUCACCACCAUGUUUCUGACAGCUCUAGUCACCUUCAUCGUCAUCCUGCCUGGCAUUCGGGGCAAGAUGAGGCUGUUCUGGCUGCUGCGGGUGGUGACCAGCUUAUUCAUCGGGGCUGUGAUCCUGGCUGUGAAUUUCAGUUCUGAGUGGUCUGUGGGCCAGGUCAGCACCAAUACGUCAUACAAGGCCUUCAGUUCUGAGGGGAUCAGCGCCAACAUUGGACUGCAGGUCGGGCUGGGAGGAGUCAACAUCACACUCACAGGGAUCCCGGUGCAGCAGCUGAACGAGACCAUCAAUUACAAUGAGGAGUUCACCUGGCGCCUGGGUGAGAACUACGCUAAGAAGUAUGCAAAGGCACUGGCGAAGGGGUUGCCCGACCCUGUGCUCUACCUGGCUGAGAAGUUCAGCCCGAGCAGCCCGUGUGGCCUGCACCACCAGUACCGCCUUGCAGGACACUACACGUCGGCCAUGCUGUGGUUGGCAUUUCUCUGCUGGCUGCUGACCAACGUGAUGCUGUCCAUGGCCGUGCUGGUCUACGGCGGCCACAUGCUGCUGGCCACAGGCGUCUUCCAGCUGUUGGCACUGCUCUUCUUCUCCAUGGCCACUUCACUUACCCCUCCCUGUCCCCUGCACCUGGGCACUGCCACGCUGCACACUCACUGUGGGCCUGCCUUCUGGAUCACGUUGACCACAGGACUGCUGUGUGUGUUGCUAGGCCUGGCCAUGGCGGUGGCCCACAGGAUGCAGCCCCACAGGCUAAAGGCUUUCUUCAACCAGAGUGCAGGGGAGGACCCUGUGCUGGAGUGGAGUCCUGAGGAAGGAGGACUCCUGAGCCCCCGCUACCGAUCCAUGGCUGAGAGUCCCAAGACCCAGGACAUCCCUCUGUCAGGGGCUUCCUCCAAGGUGUGCUGCAAGGAGGAGCACCCCAGGGAGCCUGACUGUGCCCUAUAAUCUUCUUCCGACGGCCACCUGGACUUCC